AUGAAGCGAAAGCCGAAGCAUCAAUACAAGUACAGCUCCAUCGACACGUUUGACGCGAUUCAGCAGACCGAGGGAACCUUGACGGCAGGGCGCACGCUGCACGCGAACUGGCUGUCGCUACCCGGGGGAGUGUAUCUGCACCGGCUCAAGUAUUCGGUCCGAGGCAGUGGGCGUCAGCCGGGAACGCGCAGUUUCAAGAGUGAGAGUCUCGACUUUGCAGAUUCCCUCGAACAGCGGGCAGAGGCCGCGGGCGCGGCGUAG